AUGUUGACCAAUCCACCACCACCAGCGACAGCCUCUCGCUCAUCAUCGUACUAUACAUCACAUGACCACCCGCCACUCUCGCCCUCCCAUUCUUCAUCCAGUACCUCCUCUUCCGACUCUUCUUCUUUCUCGUCCUCUUCACCUUCUUCCGCCUCAGAAGUGGAAUACAAAACCACUCAUCACAGGCGAAAAGGAACAGCACUAGUCAUCUCCCAACCAACGCUUGUCAACUUUGUUCCCACGAGUGAUAUUCAAACAGCCGUCAGCAUAACGGCUGAUCGCAUCGUUAUCGAUACCAUCCUCCCUCCGACUGCUACCUUACGCUCCAGGUAUCCUCUACCCUGCACCUCUCAAAUUCAACAUCAAGUAUUGAAAGCAGAUCAAGGAUCAGAGGACGGAUUCGAUGAGAGACUACUCCAAGAGCACAAAGAACAGCUAUAUAGGACAUUACAAGAGAAACUAACGGAAAACUAUGAUCCAAGUGGACGCAUCAAAGAGGAGAUAUUUGAAACGUUGACUGGAGUCACAAGGUUUCCUGAUCCUGUGGGGACGAAUAAGAGUGGUAAAGCGGCUGGGAAGGUAGGCUGUCCUUGUAUCUGUUGUGAAGUUGGUUGCAGUGCUCCGGUGCAAUCGCUCGACUCUACUUCACAGGUGUUGAGAGGCCUUGGGAGCACGACGAAAGUUAUCGAGCCGACGACAGCAACAGUGGAAGGGCAGCAACUGCAUUCGUUCCUCGACAUGACGGAAACCUCAACGAAGAAGAAGCGGAUUGGAUUUCUGACCCUUCCAAGGUGGUUUGGCAGGUCGAGAACUCGUGCAGAUCUUUCCUCAGCUUUGCAACCAGAGUUGAGAGCUACAGUAUUACCUGCACCCGCACCGGCAUUGCCGGAGAAGGUAACCCAGCAAAUCGUUCCACCGGUUUCUGAAGCGAAAGUGACCAAGUCAAGAUCGUUUGUAGACAUAGUCAGGCGCAGAAGGGAUAAACAUCAAGCCAUAGCCCCAGCUCCAACAAACACAGGGAUGGGUCGGAAUGGGUUCGGUAAGGGCAAAGCAAGGCAAUCUCUUGACGAGAAUUCGCCUCGAUUGCCAACCCGUUCUUCCUCCCAAGCCAACCUCACCUCUAACCUCCAACGCUCCACCAGCUACACAAGUCUAGCUCCUGGAGCGAGCGCAGGACGAUUCUCACUCGACUCCUCCAUCGAACCGCAUUUACGAGCCGAUACACCACGUUCCAUGCCAACACCACCUCCUCGACGGAGCAGCAAACUCUACGCCAUAGUCAGCAGAAAGCCUGUUCCACCGCUGAACCCGUAUGGCAGUGCGGCUCUGCCAAGGAGCACCACAUCGGGAGCCUACUUGAUCGGACAGAUUGUCGAGGAGGAAGAAGAGGAAGCAGAAGGGUUGGGCGGGGUUAGUAGGAGUAGAAGACAGAGCGCCUUGAUGUCGAGCUAUAACCCUGUUGUCGAUGAUGCGAACUUGGAGAUGGAUGCUGUGGAGAGUGGGGGGAAAGGGUGGGGUUUCAGAAGCUUGGGUGCGGGUGGAGGGAGGUAUAGUUUAGAUCAGAUGCGAUUGUAUGGUGAUGAUGGUAGGCGGAGGAGUGCGGUUGGUGUUGCGAUCUGA